ACGUGCGCGCGAGCGACUGACACAGCUCUUUGCGUGCGCACGCAACCGAAUCCGGCGCGCCACGCACGUUUGAUGUUUCGCGAAAAGCGCGAAGAGUCGAAAAGCUACGUUCAGAGUUGAUUUUUCGAGAACGCGCGAUGUUACGAGAGGAAAAUAUUCGGACCGACGUCGCGUAUCGCUCGCGAGAAAAAUAACGAAAUUUCGGCAGUGGACGUCGUAUUCUCGACAAAGUGCUCUCCAAACAGAUUCGAGAUGUAAGAUGAAAAUAACGUGAUACAGCAUCUGUCGUAAUUAAAAUAUAAAUUCAUUCAAAAAUUGAUAGAAACGUGCGGAGACUAUAUAUAAAAUAUUUAAUCUUGCGAUUCGCGCCAAAAAAUUGCCCGUGACAUUUGUUGCGCGCGAAAAGAGACGGGGAUUGAGACGAGUUUUGUCCACCCUCCAUUAAAUAAAUUAAUUAAUCGUGCUAAUAUAUCGAACCGAUCCGACUCGGAGCAGGAGACCAAGGCGGGAUGAAGCGCCGAUUGACAUCCGCGUGCGAUGACAGGUGACAGAUGAUCGGCUGGGCGAGUCGCGGGAAGCAGCGAUAUCUCGAUAUCUCGAUAUUCGUCCGCCCAUCCAUUCUCCGGAUAGGCACGAAACGGAACGGGCGUUAAUAAGGAACGAGAACUAGAUCGGCUCGAUCUUUAUACUUUUUCUUUCUUUUUCUCUCUGUCUCUUCCUCCUUUUCCAACCUCCUCUCUAUUUUUGUGACCGACGAUGCCCGGAUAAAAGGGACACUUUUUAAGUACAAAAACGAACGAAAUAUGCGCGCGUGAAAAACUGAAGAUCCACGCAACGCGUAGUGUGCCAGCACACUGUUAAUCAACUCUGUUAAUCAGUGUGUAUCAAGAUUUACCCUACAUAUCACCGGCGUCGAUCCGAGCCGCUGCACGAAGUCGCGAAACAUCGCGCCUGUUGUUGUGAAUAAAGCAGCUGCUCGGACGACAAGAUGACGCGAAGAGGACUUUUGCUGCUACUCGGUCUGGCCCUGCUGAGAGAAACCUCCGGGAAAAAUGUGGAGAAAAACGAAGAGGCCUCCAAUGAACCGCAUCACAGGCAGAAGAGGGUCUUCUGGUUCACGAACGACGGACGGAUCGCGCUUCCACCUGGCACGAUUAUGACGAUCACGCCGACCUUGGCGUUGCCCUUCGUCAGACAUCCUCCUUACGGUUUCCUCAGCAACAUGACCAUCAGUCUGCCGUUCACGAUCGACUUCGACAAGCUGGGCUUGACAGACAACGAGAACCCAUACGGCGCUCUUCCGGCCAGCUUUGACAGGAAGCUAAACAGCCGUCAGGCCGGCAUGAUGAUGGCGGAUUUUAUCGCGGCCUUCAUCAAACGCAGAUUACACAAGCGGGACGUGGCGGAAAUGCCGAAAAACGCCUUCCACGGCGGCGAACGAGCCCUGCUCUACGUCACCGCCGAGGACAUGCUGAGCACCUUGGGGAUGAACGGGAAAGCCUGCCUGUUGAGGGCGAUCUGCGAGGUCCAGGGUCACCAUCUGAACAACUUUGGCCUGAUCGGCGAGAUGCUGAAGCUGUUCUUCACUGCCAGCCGAUCGCCGUUCUCAAGUCUCCUCAAGGAAUACGUCGAGGCAGAAAAUCGCGGGAAAUUUCACGGCGAGUGCUGGCCCUAUUUUAAGGAUUGUCCGAAAUCCUUAUUUCUACCCUCCACCAACAAAUAUCAGCAAGAUUCGAUGCACGAUGAAGAAGACGAAGAGGAUGAGCACUGGAAUCAAAUUUCGAACGAACUCGAUGAAGAACCUUUGACAAGGAUAUCGGAACGAAGUAUGAAGAAUACCAUCCAUCCGAUGUAGAAAGAGAGGAUGAAGAAAAGUCUCAGGUUCCAAGGUUACAUUACGUUGAUGAAAUAUUCACUUCAAAAGUUUCUAUCAAAAUAAAAAUUCCGCAUAAUAGUAAAUUGAAAUAUAUAGAUAAGAAAAAGCUUAACAACAAAUAAGUAUAAUAAUGUUAAUACGAGAUUACCAUUAUUAUGUAACUAUGACACAGUGAUAAGUCGAGUUCUCGACCGAGAUAUCAUAUACAUGUAUAGGUAUAAUAUAUUACAUAUAUGUAUAUACCUAUAAUAUCAUCCGAAUACGAGAAACUGCCAAAAGUUUGGCUAUAUAGUCAUCGACGUUGUAAAACGAGAUCGAUGUUUUAUAUAUUUAAUUGUACAGUAUAAGAAUAAUUUUAUU